UAAAAAUAAAAAUAAAAAAUCUAGAACCCAGUCACAUGGAUGACUUGUCAUCAAGGCAAUUGUAGCACAGAAAGUUCAGCUUCAUAGAGGUGAAGACUUUUGCAUUGCUUGUAUCCUAAAGAUAAUUAUUUGAACAUCAGCCCAAGAGAGAGCUAACAUUCCACAUAUGAUGUUGAUAAAUAGACUUUAAUAUACAGAUUUAGGGGUCAAAUGACAAACAGAGAUAUGCAACCAUGGUAACUUGGUAAGAACUUCAAUCAAACAGAGCUUCAACCACAAGUUAUUUUCAGUUCCAGAAUUUCACUCAAGAGACAAUCCUUCUUCCUUUUUCUUUCGAUAGAAAAUAUUCAGAUCUCUUCUUUGAACCAUGCUGGAAGAAACUGAGAUAAUCAGCAACUUCAUUGAUUUGUCUCCUCAUUCCAUCUACCAAAAAUUUGGUCCUAUGUGAAAAAAAUUCUUGAUAUUCUUUAUCAAGAUAGGAGGAUAUCCUGUCAUUAAAAUCUGCAUCCCUUCAAAGAAGCAAAAUGGGGCAUUACAUCUCUACACAAAACCUCAGGACAGUUGAAUGCCAACAUUUGAAGAUCCAGCUGGCUGUCUCAAGACAAGUAAUUUAAAAAACUCAGCUGUCAAUGUAGCCUCUUAUCUAUACUGUACCCCGUAGAUUUCCAUAAAUGAUUGACCAAUGACACAAAUAAUUGUGUGCCUGCAUACACCCACACCCACACACAGAUCAUCAUGCGCACGUACUGAAAACCAAGCUGUAAACUACGGGCUGUACAUAGGUCACAGGUACUCUUGGCUGUAGGCUGUAUCUUCUUUCUUAAACAAAAACAAGAUAUGCUAAAGAUAAUUGGUGAUACAACGUAAUAUGGUUAUACCACAUAUUUAUCAAACCCAGCAGGACUACACACCCCCAACCACACACAGAUCAUCAUGCACACAUACCAAAAACCAAGCUGUAAAAUACGGGCUGUACAUAGAUCACAGGUACUCUUGGCCGUACCUUCUUUCUUAUACAAAAACAAGAAAUACUAAAGAUAAUUGGUGAUAGAACGCAAUAUGGUUGAGCAAAUAUCUAUCAAACACAGCUGGACUAAUUGACCUGCGUCCCUACCAUUUCUCAUCAGACAAAACCAUGCACGGACAGAACAAGACUACAACAAAAGGUCACUCUUUGUUUACUUCUUGGAGUAGAGGGUCUAAAUCUCAUAUCGUCUUCUUCUCUACUUGCAUUAACAUUCAAUUGCUAUGCUUUCCAGUGUUCGGCUGUCUGUUUUCUUGAGAAACAGUGGUGGAAAACUGCCUCUGCCUAUUUGAUUAUUUGUAGGGGUACAUGUGGGGCUACUUGCCAUGAAUAUAUAUGUGAGAGAGAGAGGGGCUUGUUGAGCUGUAUGAGCAAAGCCAUGUGAGCAUUCAAUGGAUGGGGUCCCUCCACAGCACACCCAACAGCAUUCCAGUCAUCUGAGCAUUGUCAUAGACCUUGCUUUGCUCUCUUCUUCAAAUUGCAAUGCUUUCUCUAUAAAUACAAACACAAGAAUGAAGAAAUUGACAUGACCCACAUCACAUUGCUAGCUAGAACUUACACUACUAGUUCUACAUCAACAAAAAGCAUUUGAAUCCUUUCAGUGAACUUCCCCUCCAAUUCACAGAAUAUAUAAUCAUGGGUAUCCGUUUGCCAUCCAUGCUUCUUAGUGCCAAGCAUAGUCUCAAACUGCAGUCUCUCCUCACUAGAACCCAGUUUGGCAUUCCGAAAGGUCACAUAGUGGUUUACGUAGGAGAAACCCAGAGGAAGAAGCGGUUUGUGGUUCCAAUAUCUUACUUGAAGCAUCCUUCAUUCCUGGACUUGCUUAACCGAGCAGAGGAAGAGUUUGGCUUCAACCAUCCAAUGGGAGGUCUAACAAUUCCAUGCGACGAAGACACCUUCAUCGAUCUCACUUCUCGAUUGAAUCAAUCUUGAAACAUGAAGAACAAAGAGAAGUAGCUUCAAAAAUUUUAAUAGGAGCCUGCUUAAUUUCAUUUUUCCCUCUUUCACCAUUUGUUUCUUUUUUUCUUUGGGAUUUUACACCCUAUCCAAAUAUGUGUAUAUCUCCCCCCACCCCUCCCCCAUCUCUGGAAAUGGGUGAGCAGAGAGAAAAAAUCCUCUCCGCCAAAACAGAUUUUAGAAAUGACAUUUUUAGUUUUCAGCAGUUGAUGCA